GAAAAGAUUUUAGGUCGUAGAUUCUGUGGCGGAACUCUAGCUCGCAGGGUUCUCUUUCUCCUCUCUCUUUUUCUAUGGCGCGUGGAGCGAUUGCUCGGGAGCCCAUGGAUCGUUCUCUUGAUCCUCUCCGGUAUGCUCGAUGCGAUUCGCCUCCUCCUCGAUUAGCCAAGAUUUCGCGCUGCCGCUCUUGCAGAUUUUGAUCCUCCGCGCGAUGUCGUCGUCCUCCGGGAUUGCCUGUUCUUGCGAUGCGAUUCCCGGCGAGAAAAGCAAGGGGAAAUGGAAGCUAGGCGAAAAUGGAACGAGAUUACGGAAGCGCGACGAUCGUUCUCGCGAGCUGGAAGAUCGGAGUGGCGGUGGCGAAGCGGGCGGAAUUUCCAGGGGUGUCGAUGGGGUUUCUUGGUGCCAGUAUCGCGAAUCCAGUGACUGGGGGGAGUACACGGAGGCCCAGCUAGAGAAUCUAGUUCUGGAGAGUAUCAAGGUAACGAUCGAGACCGGCGUGAGAAAGCUCGUGGCGAUGGGUUACAGCACGGAAGAGGCUACAGAUGCCAUCGUCACGAGUGGAAACUACGUGAGGUUCUCGGCUACCAUAGAAAUUGCCGAAGGCCACUUGAAGAAAGGUGGUGGUGGCGGUGGACGGAAGAAAGUACCAGCAGGAGAAUUUACGGUGGAGGAGUUUGAGAGGCUUGCUCUGGCGAAGAUGAUCGGAGCUGUGAGAAGCGAUCGACCGAGCUUAUCUAGGCCUGACGCUCUGUGGUGCCUUCUCGUGUCGGAUCUGGACGUCGUGGCAGCCAUCAAGGAUUUGGAGUCUAUAGACAACGCUCUGAGUUCUUCGUCAUCUUAUCCGGCGUCUCCUCAUCUUUCGUCCACGCCUCAAAGACCGACUUGCGAUUUCAGCAGCGACGAUGAAGAUGAGCUAGAUAUGAACGAGGAGUUGCGGACAGAGUGCUUGUCUGCGUGCACCGAGCUCUCGCUCGCGUUAACUGCUGAUCCAAAGUAUCUCAAGCUAAAGCCAGUGACAUCCGAGAGCGAUAUACCCCGGGGCAUCGACGUCGUGAACAGACUUUUCGAGUCAUUGGAUAGCAAGAGCAAGGCCAUAAAGGAGCUUGAGGAGAAGGUGACGGAUCUGGACAGGCAGCUGGAAGAGAGGACCGAGUGGGCGCGUGCAAAGGUGCUUCAGGCAGCGCAGCGACUUAGCAAGGAUAUCAACGAGCUGAAGAAGCUGAGGGCGGAACGCGAGGAGGCCUUCCGUGCGAGCGAGAGCAACACGAAGAAAUACUUGGAGCUCGAAAGUUCGUUUCAGAAGUUGACAAGUCAGCUGGACCAAGCUAAAGUCGGUUUCCAAAAAGUCGAAGCCGUAAACGCAGAGCUACGUGCGGAGCUAGAGGCGACCAAGCUGAGUGCUUCGGAAUCGUUCGAGAGCAGCGUGAAAGCUUCAAAGCAAGAACGAAAGCUGCUGAAGACGGCUCAAAAUUGGGAAAAGCAGCGAGCCAAGCUACAGGAGGAGCUCUCCACCGAGAGACGGAAGCUCUCCAAACUCCAAGAACAGAUGGCGCAAACGAAGGAAAUCCAGCACCAAGCCGAGGAUAGGAGCAGGCAAGACAAGAAGGCCAAAGACGAGGCACUCUUUCGUUUGGAGGCCGAGAAACUAGCCAGGGAGAAAGCCGAAGCGGCAGCCAAGCAAAGAGUGGAAAGGAUACAGAGGAAGUCCGAGGCGGAUCUGCGAGCUCACAGGGACGAGAUACACAAGCUGGAGCAGGAAGUUUGCAAGCUCAAGUUCGGUGCUAGCGAGCUAAGCUUGUUGGACCUGAGCGAGCAGGACGCGAUGCCGAUGGCGUGGGGCGUCCGGAGGGACAGGGAAUGCGUCAUGUGCCUGUGCGAGGAGAUCUCUGUGGUGUUCUUGCCGUGUGCUCACCAGGUGGUGUGCGUCAAGUGCAACGAUUUGCACGAGAGGAAGGGGAUGGCCGAGUGCCCGUCUUGCAGAACGAGGAUCCAGCAGCGCGUGCGAGUCUACAAUGGCGCAAACUAAGAGCUACUUCUCAGUGAAUCUCACACAAGGUGAGUGAUCUACAAGCUAGAAGGUACACCAUCUUUCCACCAAGAGAGUGAUCUAAUGGUACAAGCUAUGAGGUACACCAUCUUUUCACCUGGAAUAAGGAAUAUAGCGGAAACGAUACCUUUUCUGUUCUAA